AUGUCUCGACCGACUCCUAAAUAUCACCCUAUAGCAACCGCCUAUGCACAGGAGCUAGUGAGGAACCAUCAAGCUGCGACAAAUAUCGUUUUAUGGUCCGGAUGGUUCUGUCCCUUCAGUCAACGUACUUGGAUUGCCCUCGAAGAGAUGGGACUGCCCUAUCAGUACAAGGAGGUCAACCCAUAUCUCAAAGAGGAAGCUUUCCUCGCUGUGAGUCCGAAGGGUCUGACACCAGGCCUGAAAGUUGCAGAUAAGGCAUUGCACGACUCAAGCAUCAUUAAUGAGUUCCUUGUGGAAUCUUUCGAGAGUCACGGCGCUUCCCUUCUACCGAAAGACCCAUACCUACGUGCACAAGCACGCCUUGCUAUCGACUUCAUUAACAAAUCAGUGGUGCCUGCUUAUUUUAGACUACUGCAAGCUCAGCCUGACAAUCCCACAACGCAAGCCGAAGCACGUCGCGAGUUUACCGUAGCGUUGGGAAUCAUAGCACAACAGCGGAAAGGAAAGUUCUUCUUCGGUGAGAAUAUCAGCUUAGUCGAUAUUGCAAUCGCCCCUUGGGCUGUUCGAGACUUCAUAGCUGCAGACUACCGAGGCUUUCAAAGAGAUCAAGUUCCUAGUUGGGGAGAAUGGGCAAAGGUAUUGGAGCAGCACCCGACGGUGCAAAAAACUUCGAGUGAUGCUUCUCAAUAUGUUCAAUUUAAUGGCACGUUCCUCAAAAACGAAGCGCAUAGCUCGGUUGGUCGAGCGGCACAGUCCGGCCAAGCCAUCCCCUGA